AUGGAGAAUCUGAAUCUAUUCAAAUCGCUGGCAGUCCUAGCCUUAGGGCUACUGGUGCUGCGUACAGUCUAUCACUUGUACUUUCACCCGUUAUCUAAAUUUCCCGGGCCCAGGCUCGCCGCGGCAACAUUCCUCUACGAGUUCUACUACGACGUCUGGAAAGGUGGGAUGUAUAUCUGGGAAGUUGAGCGUAUGCAUGAGAAAUACGGCCCAAUCGUCCGCAUCAACCCCAGAGAGCUCCACAUCAAAGAUCCCUCCUACUAUGAUGAGAUACACGCAGGAUCAUCUCGCAAACGCUCGAAGGAUGUCCAAUACUCCGUAGCUUACGGUGCACCAUUCUCUCUCGUGGGAACAACCUACCAUGACCACCACCGUUUCCGUCGUGGCCUCCUCAGUAACUAUUUCUCCAAGCGUUCAGUCAUGGAACUCGGGCCAUCGAUUCAUGAAAAGGUUGGCAAGCUCGUCCGUCGCUUCGAGAAAGCCUAUGAAUCCGGCUCGGUGCUUAUCCUCCAGCUGGACUUGGCAGCCCUAACCACCGAUAUUAUCACAGACUACUGCUAUGGCUGGAGCUACGGAUAUUUGGAUGAUGAAAAGCCAGCACGCAGCAACGAUCUCGUCGAUGCAGUCAACGGAUUGAUGCUCAUGUUUCAUAUCAACCGCUUUUUCCCAUUUCUGAUCACGGUUUUCCGCAAUGCACCACCCUCCUUGGUCCGUUGGUUACAGCCAAAAAUGGCUGAUUUAUUCGAAUUCAAAGGUCGUCUCCGUCGCCAAGCCAAAAGCACACUACAGAGGCGGGACUUGGAGAAAGUCGCUACGGAGGGUCGACCGAAUGUUUUCGAUGCAUUGACCAACUUGGACAUCCCAGCGCAUGAGCGAACACUAGAUCGCCUGGAAGAUGAAUCUGCGCUGCUUCUUGGUGCUGGUACGGAAACCACUGCUCGGGCUAUUGCUGUCUCGAUGUUCCACCUCAUUGCGAACAAAGAUAUCUUGGAGAAACUGCGGGUCGAGUUGAGAACUGUGUUGGAAACACCACAGUCGAGGGCUUCAUGGUCGGAUUUGGAGAAGUUGCCUUACUUGACCGGCGUUGUCAACGAGGGUCUCCGCCUCAGCCACGGUAUGACAUUGCGAUUGGCACGUGUUUCGCCGAAUGAGCCCAUGUUCUACAAGGAUUGGACAAUUCCUGCUGGUACACCGGUCAGUCAGUCAAAUUACUUCGUUCACAUGGACGCCACACUCUUCCCUGAGCCGAAGAAAUUCGACCCGGAGCGUUGGGUGCGUGCCGCCGACAAUGGCGAGUAUCUUAGUCGGUACAUCGUCUCUUUCACCAAGGGCAGCAGGCAAUGCUUAGGAAUGAACCUGGCAUACGCGGAGAUUUACUUGGCCCUCGCGCAUAUUGCACGCCGCAUUGACUUCACUCUAUAUGAAACCACGGUGGAAAAUAUCACCGUUUAUCGAGACAAGGCAAUCGGAUGUCCUGAGGUUGGCCUGUUUAAUGUCCGUGCCACGGUAAGUGGUAUCGUAGAAGAGUGA